AUGGAAAAACGUGGAGAGUUUAGCGCGAGAGGGAAUAAUUUUUUAUUUUGUCUAUAUAUUGGUGACGACACUUUAAAAGUAGAAUUUGAAGAAAAAGAGACAGCUAAGAAAUGGCUUGGAGACUUUACAGCUCAAUAUAUCGAAACAAUGACACAGAAAACCAAUAAUUUUAAGAAAUUCCCUACAUUUGUAAAAAUGCUUAUAUCAGCCCUUGAGAAAAACAGUGAAUCAGUGAUGCUUGACAUAUACACAGUCCAAGAACUCGAUAUAUUAAAAAAUAGCAGAAGACCUCAAGGAAACCAAGCGCCAAUUGACCCAAAAUUAAGCAUGAAGCGAUAUAUGAUCCUAACUUAUUUGGUAGAAUUCGACAAAGUUCAUUAUCCUUUACCUCUAUUGUAUCAGGAAGCCCCUGAUAUAGACGCUCUACAAAGGACUAUUAUUCGGCUUCGUAAUGAGAUUGACCAAUAUAAGCAAAAUCUUCCUGAAGGAGAUUUAUUAAAAAUAAUUGAGGAAAACCAAGAAAUCAAGCAAAAAAUAAAAAAAAUCGAGCAUAAUCAAGCUCUGGCAGCAGUGCCUAGAAAAGGGGCUGUAGAAAUAGAUACGCUGAUAAAGGAAUCAAAAGCGCUUGAAGAGGAAAAUGAUAUUUUGAAGCUGGAAGGGAGCAAGGAAGCGAAGAUUUUGAGGAAAAAGAAUGAGGAUUUGCAAGUAGAGUUUGAUAGGAUUAAGAGUGAAAUGGAAAUUAUUAUUUCUCAGCUGGAAGAAGAAAAUGAAGAAAAAUUAGAGAUCAGAAAUAUUAUGAGGGGAGAGGUAGAAUUUUAUAGAUUUUAAAUCAGGAAAAAAUGUAAAUUUUAUAGAAAAUGGGGUUAAAAUGGAUGUUUAGAAUUGAAUUUAUUAUAAAAGAGUAUAAAAUAAAGGUAGAAAAUUUAGAAGAAGAACUAGAAAAAGCCAAAAUUCAAGAAAAUCAAGCUAAAGAAACACUUUUUCAAAGCCAGGAAGAGCUAGAUAAAUUAAAAGAAAGUGAUAGAAAACAGAAAAUGAGGAUAAAAGAAUUAGAAAAUGAGCUGCAAAGUGUGCUGAGAGCCAGAAGUUCUAGAGGAUCUAGUCCAGUUCCUUCUAAAACAUAUGGAGUCAAUAACAGAUUAAAUAGAUCUCCAGCAUCCAGAAGCCCUGGGAGUGCUGGACGAUUUUCUCCAAAAAGUUCACAAGGAUCUUCCAGGAGUAACUCAAGGCCUGGAUCUGAUAGAGUUGCACAAAGAAAUUCUCCAGGUUAUAGAAAUCGAUCUCCAGGGGCGUCUCCUGCAUCUUCUAUUAAUAGAAGGAUAAAUUCUCCAGGAAAUCAGCAAAGAACUCCUCCUGGCCGAAGAGAUUCUCCAGGAAAUAGGCAUAUAACUAUGAAUAAUCCACAAAAAGCUAGUAAUAAUCUAUCUAUUUUCACUUAAAUUAGCUAAUUUUAAUAAACUAUUUAUGAAUAAAGGCAUAGAAAAUCGUUAAUCAAUUAUUUUUAUUGAAAUUUUAUAAAUUAAAAAAUUAUUUUAAUUUUUAUUAUGCCCAAAAUCAUCACCUGCUUUGCAAUAUUCCCCAAAUGCUGGAGCUCGAAGAAACAACAGAACAACAGAGGAGGAAAAACCUAUAAGAAAAAAAUCACCUAAAGCCAACGGAGCUGAUGUAAGUGACAUUGAUGCAAGAUUAGCAAGACUCCAGGAACUAUUAAAAAGGCAGAAAGCUUAA